UAGAGGAUAACCAGUUCUGGUUACUUUUGAUGAUCCAGCUGACCACUCAUAAAGGAUUUUUUUUCCUUAAUUGUUCAGGACAAUCUUAAGCGCAUUCAUGCGAGUCACCGCUGCUCAAACUUUGUUGCUACUUUUUCUCUCUGUGGACCGGUACCAGAAUCUCCGGAGUUAACCGCAUCACAUCUGGUGGAAGAGCGACCGGACAGCAGCUGCUUCAAGAUGAAGUGUCAGAGAGUCCUGACUUACCUGAGGAUAUUUGGGACCACUAUGUUCGGCGUGUCCCUUCUGGUGGGCAUCUCCACUGCCUACAUCAUGGGCUAUCAGUUCUUCACCACAGCCCACAAUCACCUAUCCUUUGGCUUGUAUGGCGCCAUCUUGGUCAUCCACCUCAUCAUCCAGAGCCUCUUUGCACUCUUAGAACACCGGAACAUGCGGCGCUCCUUAGAGACGCCCAUCAAACUGAAUAAAUCCUUGGCACUGUGCAUUGCAGCGUAUCAAGAGGACCCAAACUACCUGAGAAAAUGCCUGGUGUCAGUGAAGAGGCUGACAUAUCCCGGGAUCAAGGUGAUCAUGGUGAUUGACGGGAACUCAGACGAUGACUUGUACAUGAUGGAGAUUUUCAAAGAGGUCAUGGGAUGGGACAAAGCGGCCACAUAUGUGUGGCGAAAUAAUUAUCAUAACAGAGGCCCCGAGGAGACUGAUGAGGGCUAUGCUGAGAGCCAGCAGCACGUCUCAAGAAUUGUACUCAACAACAAAUGUGUGUGCAUCAUGCAGAAGUGGGGGGGAAAGAGAGAGGUCAUGUAUACGGCCUUCAAAGCACUGGGGAGGAGCGUGGACUAUGUGCAGGUGUGUGACUCUGACACCAUGCUGGACCCAGCAUCAUCAGUGGAGAUGGUGAAGGUUUUAGAGGAAGACCCUAUGGUGGGAGGCGUUGGAGGAGAUGUGCAGAUCCUGAAUAAAUAUGAGUCAUGGAUCUCCUUCCUGAGCAGCGUCCGGUACUGGAUGGCCUUCAACAUUGAGCGUGCCUGUCAGUCCUACUUCGGCUGUGUACAGUGCAUCAGCGGGCCAUUAGGAAUGUACAGGAACUCCCUGCUGCAUGAAUUUCUUGAGGACUGGUACAAUCAGACCUUCAUGGGAUCCCACUGCAGUUUUGGGGAUGACCGUCAUCUCACGAACAGAGUUCUCAGCCUCGGGUAUGCAACCAAAUACACUGCACGGUCAAAGUGCCUUACCGAGACACCGAUUACAUAUCUGCGAUGGCUCAAUCAACAGACUAGAUGGAGUAAAUCAUAUUUUCGAGAGUGGCUUUACAACUCCAUGUGGUUCCACAAGCAUCAUCUAUGGAUGACUUAUGAAGCUGUGAUUACUGGCUUCUUCCCAUUUUUCCUCAUCGCAACUGCGAUUCAACUCUUCUACCAAGGAAGGCUCUGGAAUAUUUUGUUGUUUCUACUUAUUGUGCAAGCAGUAGCACUGAUUAAGUCAUCGUUCGCCAGCUGCCUCAGAGGCAACAUUGUCAUGGUGUUCAUGUCGUUUUACUCAGUACUGUAUAUGUCAAGCCUGUUGCCCGCCAAAAUGUUUGCAAUAGCAACGAUCAACAAGUCAGGCUGGGGGACCUCUGGGAGGAAAACAGUAGUGGUGAACUUCAUUGGUUUGAUUCCAAUAUCAGUCUGGUUCACCAUCCUCUUCAUCGGGAUUAUAUACACAGCAAUCCAACAAACUAGAAAGCCCUUUCCUGAAACAGAAAAGAUUGUUUUGAUCAUUGGGGCAGUCGUCUAUGCCAGUUACUGGGUCAUACUUUUGACACUUUAUACCGUGCUCAUAAACAAAUGUGGGAAGAGGAGGAAGGAAACACAUUAUGACAUGGUGCUAGACGUAUGACCUACGGACAACAGGCACCAGUUACCACUGAACUUCCUUAGGUUUUUUUCACAGUGUUGUU